AUGCGAUUCCUCUGUCUGCACGGCAAGGGCACGAGUGCGGCCAUUUUUCGCUCGCAAACUGCGUCGUUCCGCCUCCGUCUCGACCCAAGCUUCGAGUUCGAUUUCCGCGACGCGCCAUUCGCCUCCACGCCUGCCGCUGGAAUCGACCUCUUCUACCCUCCCCCAUACUACUCCUUCUGGGAAGGGACCGCGGUCUCCUCCAUCCGCGCGGCACAUCAAUGGCUGUUGGACCUGAUUGACCGAGAUGGACCGUACGACGGAGUCAUGCUCUUCUCGCAAGGAUGCGCCCUGAUCUCCAGCUUCUUGCUUUACCACAUGGCUGAGCGCCCGGACGACCCUAUUCCAUUCAAAACGGCCAUCUUCAUCUGCGGUGGCGUGGGCCUGCCAGUCGUUGAAGCGCUCGGUAUUCCCGUCAGCCAAGAAGCCAAAGACUGGGACGAACGUACGCGGCACGAGCUCCAAGCCCAAGCCGCGGCCAUUGAACUAGGCCAAGACCGCUGGACCGGUAAACCUCUUGCUUCUCUUGGGGGUGCCUCGCCUUCCCCUUCGCCGUCUCUUUCCAAUGGCCGCGCGACCUCCACCCCGACUCCUCCGCCUCCCUCGUCUGGAACGCGCCUGUCGCCCGCAGCCACCAACAACGGCUUUUUCUCGCUCUCCAAUGGAAACUCCGGCAGCGGCACCGCCACCCCCGUGCUGGAAAACACGACGAUCCCGAAGUCGUGGCACGGCGUGGGCAUGACGCGCGACGGCGAGGCGCCACCCGGCGCGACGCGAAACAAGAUCAUUGACGACAUGGCGGCCCAAGCGGCGCUCGAUCCGACCAAUGUGUUUGGGUUCGACUGCACGGCGAUCCCGCAGCGCUUGAUCAUUCCCAUUCCCACGGUACACAUUUAUGGCUCAAAGGAUCCCCGGUACCCCGCCAGUCUGCAGCUCGCGCAGUUUUGCGACCCCUCGGUCCGCAGAAUGUACGAUCAUGAGGGCGGCCAUGAUGUGCCCAGGAAUAAGUUCGUCUCUGAGAGCAUCGCCGAGCUAGUCAAGUGGACAAGAGAUAUCACCCAAUCAUAA